AUGCAAGACGCUGGAGCGGCGCCGCUCGCGGCCGGUGCCGACGACUCGGCCGCCAGCGAUGGGCCAACGACCACCCCUGCCAAGAAGCCAUUGUCGUUCCACAUGUCGUUCCUCGCGCUGAACAUCAUGGUGUUCAUUGUAUCCCUCGACGCGACGGUGCUCGCCGUGGCAAUCCCAGAAAUCGCCCGCCAACUGCACAGCACCACCCUGCAGGCUUUCUGGGCCAGUAUCUCGUUCAUGCUCGGUGUUGUCGUCACACAGCCUCUCUACACGAGCACCUCGGACGUGCUCGGCCGCAAAAUCCCCCUCUAUGCCUCCUUCUUCCUCUUCAUCGCCGGUUCCGUCGUGUUUUCUGCCGCCCAGAGCAUGGCCGUCGUCACCGUCGGCCGCAUCCUCCAGGGGCUGGGUGCCGGCGGCAUCGACGUCCUCGGCGAGAUCAUCGUGGCCGAUAUGACGACCCUCAAGGAGCGGCCCCUGUACCUCGGCAUCCUGGCCAUCCCCAUGUCGGCGGGGAGCAUCCUGGUGACCUGGAGGUGGAUUGGCUGGGUGAACCUUCCCAUCUCGACGCUGGCGCUGGCCCUGGCAUCCUUCGCUGCCAGGCUCUACCGCCUCGACUGGACCGGCAUGGUGCUCUUCACGGCUGGCGCCACGGCGUUUGUGCUGCCCCUGAGCUGGGCGGGCGCCAUGUAUCCCUGGAGCGACUGGAGGACUCUGCUUCCUCUGCUCAUCGGGGUCGUCGUCCUCGCCGUCUUCGCCGUCUACGAGUCACGCCCGGCGGAGCCGGUGAUGCCGCAUCGCCUGUUUCAAUCCACGACGGCCGCCGUGACCUUGUGUGGCUCCUUCAUCCAUGGCAUGAUCGUCUACUGCCUCAUGCUGUAUCUCCCUCUCUUCUUCCAGUCCACCCUACUAGAGACGCCGCUACAGUCGGCCGUGUCGCUGUUGCCGCUCAGCAUCGUCACCGUCGUCUUCAGCUGCUUGUCGGCCGUGUUGGUCGAGUUCUUCCGCCAGUACCGGUGGAAUAUCUGGUCCGGAUGGGUUCUCCUGCCCGUGGGCCUCGGCCUGUUGUCUCUCCUGGGACCGGAUGCAACCACGGCCGUCAAGGUCUCCGCUCAGGUCAUUGCGGGAAUCGGCAUCGGCUCGCUAUAUUGCGUCCUUGUGCUCCCCAUCCAGGCGAGCGCGCCAACCGUGGACGAUACGGGCCUCGCCGUGGGCCUGUUGGUGUCGUUUCGCCUCUUUGGCGCCCUGAUCUGCCUCGCAGUUGGCUCAACCGUCUUCAGCAGCAUCUGGGAACAAUCGAUCGCAGACUUGGGCCCAUUGCCCGAUACCAUGGAGGCGUUCAGAAGCGGAAACGCGGCCAUCGAGUUGAUCCCUUAUCUUCGGGCGCUAGAGCUGCCACCCGACAGCAUCGCACCGCUCCUUAACGUGAACACGAAGUCGUUGCGGACCAUUUGGUACGUUCUUGUUGGUUUCUCGGUCAUUGGGCUAGCAACUUCGUUCUUCACAAAGGAGAAUACGCUAGAUAAAGCAGACAUGGGCAGACAGAGGUUUGAGGACUCGUCGUAG